GGCACCAUCAGCCGAUCCGCCCGACUGUGGCCUCUUUUUCUGUGAGCGCUGCCGCCGCCUCCCUUCCUCGCUUCCUGAGGUUACAGAUCCGCCCGAGCCUUUUUUACCCCAUCGCUCCCCCCGUCCUUCCUGCCCUCGCCUUCCUUUCCCCCUUCUUCCCUCCCCGCGACCGACUCUUCCCUCCGCACCGAAGCCUCGUUUCCCGGCUCUCCUCCCGGAUCUAAACAGGAUCACCUUUUUCUUUGUGCUGCAUCGGCCCAUCGAUUUUUCGACUCCGGCACAGCUCCGGGCCUCACUCGAGUUUCCUCCGGCAUUGUCGGUCUUUCCGGUGCCCCGCGCCAUCACCCAACCCACAACCCCUUCUCGCCUGCGAGACGCGUCCUGGUUUCAGCCCACCCACAACACCUAGUCGGCGCCAUCACAACUCACCCAUCAACCAUGGCGUCGGUCGUGCGAUCGACAGCCCUCCGCGCCGGCGGCGCUUGUGUGCGCUGUCGAAAGGGCAAGACCAAAUGUGUUUACGAAAACGGCCGAUCGCCGUGCAAGAAUUGCGCCAAGGGCAUGCACGAAUGCUAUUUGCCCUCCGAGUCCAUGAGCCACGGCGGCCAUGGAGUAUCACCAGCACGCGUCCAGCAGCGGGCUCGCGAGUCCCUACCCAGCGAGCGGACUGUCUCCAGCACCUCGGGCGACCGUCAGGCCCCUCCGCCCUCGAGCGUGUCACGCCACGUCUCAACGACGGCCGAAAAACUCACACCGGAGUUGAUGCAAGAAGGCGAACGCGUCAUCUCGAAGACGUUGCCAGCAUGUGUGGCUUUCCACAAGCCGUCUUUCCUCCAACAGCUCAAGAACGCUUCCAUGGAUCCCACCAUGGUUAAUGCGUUGCUUACGACUGCUGCUCGGCACUCUCCAGCCAUGAUUCGUCGGUAUGGGGGCCAUGGUGGUGGCUCAGCCGCCGCUGAGCACUUCGCCAGCAAGACGAUUGGCCUCAUCAUGCAGGCCAUGGACCAACCCAGCCUUGCGGAUAUCCAAGCCCUCUGCCUGCUUGUCGUCCACGAGUGGGGUUGCCGCAAUGCCGUGCGUGCCUAUGUCUACCUCGGCCAGGCUGCCCGUAUGGCACAGAUGUACCGCGUCGUCCACACCCACCUGCACCAACCCGAGCCGGACCAGUUCCUCCAGGACGAAUCCUUCCGACGCACCCUAUGGCUGAUUUACAUCCUCGACUGCUUCCUCACUAGCAGCCCCGGCCGCCACCCGGCUCUGUCCUCGCAUGACGUCAAGGAUGUAUCGCUGCCAUGCCUUGAUAUGAACUAUCACUUUGGUAGCCCGGUCUAUGUCCGCACACUGAACGAUGCCUCGCCCCCGGCUAUGGCGGAUCCCAACGGCCCCCUCGCCGAAGUGGGCGAGUUUGGCCACAUUGUAUUGGCAACCAAGGCUUGGCGCAAUGUCGUCGAGAUGAUGACGACGACCAGUCUCGAGACCUUUUCUGAGGCUCAGUGCGUGGCUCUGGAGCAGCAGAUUGACAUGAUCCGCCAGUCACUACCAUUGCAUUUCGCCGACAAACCCGGUCAGAUUACCCUGCACAUCACCAUGGGCAGCGGCUACACGUACGCCAUGAUCCACUCGCUCCUCAACUGCGGCACUAUUUUUGUGAACCGGCGCCGAAUUCUCCAGGCCGUCACGGAUGAGAACUUCUCCAUCGAGGCCUGGCGCUUGUCUUCGCAUACCCAUGGCGAGGCGGUCGACCGCAUUCUUGCCGCGUCGCACAGCAUCAUCCACUCACUUUUGGCACUGGAGCAUGGGGCGGACAAGGAUAGCAUUCUCUGCUUCCCGAUCUUUAUGCUCUUCUCGGCCUUCACCGCUGGCUCAACGAUCGCCUACCUUACCCUCAAAGGACUCGCCCCGCCCGAUGUCAUCGAGUCCGCUGGGAGCAUCGUCCGCGACAGCCUAAGACUCUGCCAGGAUGGUUCCGAGUCUUGGCCGCUGGUGCUCCCCUGGCAACGCCAUCUCUCCGUCAUGACAAAGGUCCUGCGUGAGGUGAAUACUUCCCGCGACAUCCACGAAUCGCGUGAGGAUAGCAAGCAGCCCCACCGUGUCUCGCCUUCGGUCAAGGAUGACGUUGUUAGCCAGGCUGACACGAACCCUGACCCCAUGGACUAUGACCAGGCGAUUCCGUCUGUGGCGCACCCCCCACCCCCUGCCAGCAUGGAGGGCCGAGACAGCGAGCCUCCCGCUCCGAGGCGGCCCGGGAUCACCACGAUCAAUGGUGGAUCUGCUGGCGCUUCGACCCCAGCUACGGCUAGCCCCCCGCCCCCCAGCCUUGUGCCCAAGGCGGACUCCCCUGGUGCGACAUCGUCGGCGUCCGUCAGCGGCAUGCCCCAGCCACCACAGCCCGGCCCGGACGUCGACAUGUCAGCCAUCGAGCUUUGUGCGGCCUUUGAGAGGCAGCUGCUCGAGCUCGAUGACUUGGCCGCAUUUAUGGGAGGCGGAGUCCCGCCCAGUUAGAUCGCGGCGCAGUCUCAUGGGUCAUCCUUCUUUCAUCCUCUAUUAAUUCGCUAUUCUAUUUUUCGGACUCGCUCGCUCGGCCUUGUGCCGCGGGUGCCUUCGGAGAGCUUGUGUUUUUGUAUCAUAAUGACCAUGGGUUACUGGGGAGGGGCACUGACCGCGGAACAACGGAACAACGUGGCUUGGCUUGGGACGCGCGUGGUACUUUAUGUACCUGUAACAUUACCUUUCCAUUGUUUCCUUCUUCGCGGGACCUGGGAAGGGUACAUUCCAGUAUGGCUGUCCUUUUUUUUGAUGGAGUGGAGAUGGGCAUUAAGUUGCUUGGGGUCUCUGUGUUAAGGCAGGAGUUACGGGGGGCUGGCUAUUUGUGGGUUGACGGCGCUCAGGGACAUAUGGUGCGGAAUGGCUUUAGUUAGGUAUGUAAACGCCUUCAUCGACAUGUACGAGGAGGGACUGGCAACAACAUUGUUUAGCCCUAUUUAUGGGUGAUUUCGUCG